AUGUUUACUAAGCCUUUCGCCCUUAUUUUUGCUGCCUCCACUGCUUUGUCGGUUUAUGGACUCAACGUCGGCACUCCUGCGGAGCUCACUCAGUGCGGUACUGUCGAGGUUAAAUGGUCCGGAAAAAAUGCACCUUUUAUCUUUUCGGUUCUUCCUAGCUGUGAAUCUAACUCUGAUGACCCAUUGAUGGAGGUUACUGGCAUCAAUACCACUUCCUACAAAUGGACCGUUAAUGAAAUGAAGCAUACACCGACGAGGCAAGUGAACAUCAAGAACAGUGAUAACGCCGCUUGUCUCUCGGCAACCUCUACUGGCGUUGUUUCAAUUACUGGUGCGUCUUCCGCUACCAACCGUGCUACGACCAAUACUUCACCUUUCCCAGACACACAUUCGACAACUCCUACUACUCUGCCAGCGGAUUCGACUUCGGUUCCUCCUGCACCUAUCAACCCUGGAGCCAGCCUUAACACUGGUGCUAGUACUGGGUCUGAAGGCAGCUCAGCUUCAUCGGAGAGUACUCAACCCAACGGCGCUACAAUUUCUACUGUACCGGCAUUUGCUGGCGUGAUCGGAUUCGCAUCUGCUUUGCUUGUAUUCCAAGCCGCGCUUCCUUAA